CCUGCUUUUCUCGUUCAAGUCACUGCCGUGAAUACUCUGCCUACACAAGUUACCCAAUCGAUCGCAUUCCAAAACAACCAACCAAAUCACAACCCAACCCGAGAAUAAAGAAAGAAAAAAGAAAGAAUAUGGCCCGCGGCAGCCUCGUCCCCCUCAUCGUCCUCGUGGUCGUCGUGACCGUUCUCGCCGUAAUCGGGUACAUCACCUGGUCGAUCGUGCAAGAAGUAACGCGCAACACGAAGUCCAAGAUGGAAAAGAAGAAUGUGGUAUGGACGAAGGACGGCAUGAAGGUCGGAGUGAAGGAGAUAAAUAAUGAGGAUUAUCAGGAUCGGACCCAGAGUGUUCUGGUGAAUAUGUGGAAUCAUACUUCGUUUCCUGCUUAUAAGAGUCGGUUGUGGAAUAUGACGCAGCCGGCGGCGGAGGUACAGGAGGCGGAGAGGAGGAGAGGGUGGUCGAAGUAGAUUUUCCUUGCCUUUUUCUUGAGGCGCACGCACAUGCUUUCAGGUGUUUGUGGGCUUGAUUAUACCGACAUCGUGAUUUUAUAUCAUUCAUGCCUUCUGUUGUGAUACCCAUCCUUUGGUGUGAAUCACCUCAGAAUGAU